AUGAAAUUUGUUCUUCUAGACGAUGUUGGAAGCUACGCCAAGGAGAAAGCGCCUGAAGUGAAACAGAAUAUCAGAUCAGGGAUGAUGAAAAUCGGUGCCAAGCUGAGUGAUGACACCAAGAGCGGAAGCGACAAAAGGAAUGAGGAUGAACGAGGAGAAAAUGACAAACAAGAAAAAAGUGGACCCAGCAAUGACGAGAAGGAUAGGUAG